UGUUGAAUUUCUUCAGUAGAGUUCAGGAUGAUAAACAGAGAAGUUCUCCUCCUCCUUUUCCUUCCUCUUGUAUGUCUCUCCGCCCCGUCCUUUGAUAAGGCAACCCUGAAUGAGCUUGAUGAUAUUAUCCAUGGUAGGAGCUAUGAUGCCCGUCUCCGACCCGGAGGAGAUGGUCCUGUAACCGUCUCCCUCUCCGGGUACAUACUUCAUCUUGAUCAUGUAGACCUGGACAACAAUGAAAUUACACUAACCAUGUAUUUCCGUCAGUUCUGGACGGAUGAACGACUCAAGAUCUCCAAGAGGGUUGUGUUAAAUGACAUCAGUGGAAUUUGGCACCCGGAUACAUUCAUCGUUCAUGAGAAGAGAAUGCCCAAGGUAGAAGAGGAAGAGUUUGUACGAAUAGAUCCAUCCGGUGAGGUUCUUUACAGCAAAAAGAUCACAAAGAAGCUGAGUUGUGUUCCUAUCGAGGAUACAACGUGUCAACUUGAUUUUGAGAGCUAUGGGUUCACAGCUGCAGAUAUUAAUUAUCAGAUCAAGGAAGGAGCAGAUCAAUCCUUCCAGUUUGCUCCUGACAGGGUACAACAGGGAUACAUGAUUACAGAACUCGAACCAAAAACUGUAACUGCCACCUUGAACACUGGAACGUACUCCAGAGUUUUCGUCAAUAUUAAUAUUGAACAGUUUAAUGAUUAAAGAAUUAAAAUUUAAAUUUCUGAAAAUUUCAAUAAAUUUGAAUCACA